UGUAGGGUGGAACAGACAGAAGAGCAGGGUUCACUACUUCUAUCCCAAGCGUGGGAGGCAGGACAGGUGAAAGGCCAAACAGAAAUCCUACAGUGGUUGAAAGACAUAGUCAAUCACUUCUGGGUCUGUGGUAAGGAGGCACAGAACAUGGAACGGUUCAUGGGCCUAUGGCGAGGUAUUCUUUACCAUGUGACCGGCCGUCAUGAGUGGGCUUUUGGGAGGUGCCUUCAUGAGCAACUGAAUGAUGAAGACCGUGAAAAGGAGUGGAUCCAAAAAGAUUCACCUGCAUACAUGGCACUCAUUGGAGUUGUCCUAAACAAAAAGUGGCUAAAAGAUGUCCCCAAAUUUUUGAACUUUCGGUACAGGAGAUGCACUUGUCCAGAAAGCACUGUGUAUGUGGACACUUGGAACAGGACGAUAUCUGACCUUGAGACCUUCCACAAUCAUAUUCUAAUGUAUGCAGGCAAACGCUUUGCCUUCUCUUCGGCUGUGUAUGAAGCCAGAACUUUGCUUGCUGCAUUAGACUACAACCACCACAACACCAGACCACCAAUGUUGACCAAAGAAGGCAACAGAGUAUACCAGAAAAUUUACAAUAAAAAGUCGAGUAGAUCCAGCCUUUACACCAUCAAGAGCCACAAAUCAUACAGCUACAUCCCUGAUCUACAAAGGGCAAUCACACGCAGACGUUUGAUGUCAGGGAAGGGAGUGCCACGAAAGAGGACCAGCAGGGAGGAAGAUACUGGAAGAUUUGGCCUCCUCCCACCUGUGGAGCCACCAACAACAGAGGAGUUGCUUCAGAGCCAGGUCUCCAGAGGAAAGAUUCUCCUCUGAAGAAAGAAUUACGGAUUGAUUUCUGCAGACCACUCCAUCACUUUACAUUCAGUAAAAACAAGCUUCUUGUAAAUAUUUGACAGAUUGUAAUAAAAAGC